GAUUGUCCAGAUAUUGUUAUUGAUGAAGCUGGAAUAAGGGAACUUAAUUCCAAAAAGCGUGCUUACCUUUCGCCACCCUUCAGGCGAGGAAAUUUUACUGAGCAUCAACUCAAUCUCAAGAUUCAGGAGCAGAAGCAGCGUAUUCGCCAAAUGAUGGACUCCGAGCUAUCCCCAAGUAGCACGGGUAGCGGAUCUAUCAAUUUGCCAUGGGAGGAAGGACUUGAUGAACAUAACUCUGAAGAUAUCCUUUGUCCAACCUCCGCCUUACCAAGUCUCGAUGACUCCACUAUUCCUGCAUCGAUCUCUCCUACCAUCGGUCUUAGUGUUAGCCCAUUGCCCUCUUCUUCGCCUCUUGGAAGUGAUCCGUCUAAAAGCUUUGAUCUGGGCGAGUUACUUUGGCAAGACGCCCCACCUUCUCCUAACCCCAAUUCCUUUGGUGCACAUUUAUCUCCCAGUUCAUCCCUAAGACUGGUAGACAAGAGAGAGGCUUCUAUUAUCAGUCGGCAACCUAGUCUCUCAACACCUAUGCCAAUGAAGGGUAAGUCCGGUUGCCUCAAUAUUUGCCUUCAUGCAACCUAA